AUGAACAUUCAAACUACCAUCUCACUCCCAACAACGCCAUUCUCCCAAUUCCAAUCUAGUCUCAAGUCUAGCCUCGAUUCAUACCUCAUCACUAUCGGUAAUCAGCGUGUGGAUCAAAGUUCACAAAAUCCACUUACUACCUUUGAUCCACUUGUUGUGAUCGAACUCUCUUCUGCUCUCAAUGUGCUUUGGUCUCAACUUCCUAGCCUUCCUUCUACUGCCUUGGAACUUCAGCGUUCAAUCGUCUCAUCAGUUCUCACUUCCAUCGUUAGCCAAACCGCAUAUCCGGCUCAACAUUCCUUCUCACUACCAGUUCAUCAUCAAUUACUUCACGAUGCUCUCGACAUUUCUUUAGUCUUGAUUGAACAGGAUAGAGCACCGGCUGAUCUUACAUUGAGCUGUAUCGAAGACAUUCUUGAAACAGCCACAGUGGAAGAAGCUGAGCGGAUAUUCUGCUACCUCGAAUCUCGUGUAGAUCGAUUAACCGUCGGAAUGCUUCCGGAUCGUGGAAAAGGUUUAAUUUUCUUAAGAAUGCAAAAUAAUCUAUUAAGAAGACUAUCGAAAUCACUUCAUACUGUCUUUUGUGGAAGAAUUUUGAGUUUUCUUUCCUCGGUCUUUCCGAUUGCUGAAAAGAGUGGUGUCAACCUGAGAGGAGCAUUCAACACGGGAAAUGUGACACACUUCGAUCAAGAUAUCGAAAAGAAGGGAGUCGAAGCGGUCGAUUCACAAGGGAGCGAGACUAUCAAGUCGGACCCGGUGGUCGAAACCAAUCUCCUUAAAUCCAACGAAACAACUGCCGAUGCCAUGAUCAUCGAGAAGUCACUCCCAGCUUCCCAGGACAAACCCAUCCCUUCGGAUGAACCUGCCUCUACAGACCCAAAGAUUCAGACCGACUCUACAUUAGACGGCGAAAAUGUUGAGAAGUCUUUUGAGAUGAAGGAAGAAUCACCAGAAGAAGUAGCAGCGAGAUCUCGGGCCAAAGCAGAUGAACAAGAAGCCCGAGCCAAGGCAAAAGCAGCUUCAAAAGCCGGCAAGUUAUUCACUAUGGCCACACCUACAUUAUUAACUUCCGACAAGCGAGAGUUUUAUCUACGUUUUUGGGCACUUCAAUCUCUACUCUCCAAUCCACCCGAACUUUUCAAAGGAUGGCAGCCUGAUCCCAACGCCACACCAGCAACGGUUACCCCGCAGUCCAACCCUCAUACAUAUCCAUCCUCUCGCCCUACAUCGCUCCUGGCCCCUUCAACAAGUCUCCAGCGUGCCUCGCCUGUGCGUGAGGUCGAGGCGGCACCAUCAACGGCCAACUUGAAACGUCUGAAAGAAGGGAUCAACAAAACUCUGGAUGUCUUUGGUCGGAUGACUAAGAAAGAAAAGGAAUUGGGCACUCAUUCAAAGAAACCCAAGAUCGACGAGCGGAAUUUGGCCGAAGUGAAAGAACAUUAUUUCUUUCCAAAGUUUCUCACAAAGAGCAACUUAUUGGAUCUAGAGGUUGCAGACUCCUACUUUCGUAGACAAGUUUUAACCCAAUUUCUAAUCAUUCUUAAAUACAUUCGAGGGUUCUCUCUGGAGGAACGAAACAAGCGCGCUGCUUUACCCAAACCUAAUAGGGUCAGCGAGGUUCCAUACGUCUAUCAGGCUAGGGAUGAUGGAUGGGUUCGGAAACUGAAUGGCGAAGUAUGGAAAACGCUUUAUGCGACUCCGCCGAAUGGCGAAGUGUUUGCAUUGACUAUCAAGCAGAUCCUGACAAGGGAACAGAACUGGAUCAUGUGGAAAGCUGGCUCAUGUCCAAGUUUUGAAAGGCCAAGUCUAGGUGAUGAGAUGAUCAAGGCAGCUGAAGCCAAUUAUAAACGGAUCAUCGCACCUCCUAUGCGAUUUCCACAUCCAGUUGGGACUCCGGCGCUUAGUAAGCUUUGGAGCAACAAGGUGACUCCGGAGAGCAUUGAGAGUAUGGACUUUUCAGAAGGGGUUCCGGAUCUCAAUGCAUUACAUGGAAAGAUCAUGGCACAGGAGAAGCAAUUGUCGGCUCUCAAAGAAAGUCUGUUGGCUCAAGGGAAAUCUGAUACAGACGUAUCGAAUGAUCCACAGGUGCAAGCUAUCCAAGAGCGAAAAUCUUCACUUUCCUGGAGAGCGUUGAGAGUUGCACAGACUACUCAUUUACAGUUGUUUGGCAAGAUUGGUCUACCUGGAAGCGUGAAUAAAUUGAUGACUCUGAUCGAGGACGCCAAGACGCGCUCAAAUGGGAUCAACUCAACCCGACAAUUGGCAACAUCGAACCAAAUGGUUUCGACUCCUACUGGAACUGUUGUGACCGAUGCGACGCAGAUAACUCCAGGAACGUCUGGGAUUGAAGCCGAGUCCGAUUUACUUUCGCGAACGAAAGACGGAGACGAGAAUUCGGUACAGCUUGUGGCAAGCUCUGAUAAUCACGAUGGACAACCUUUGCUGGAUCCAUUCGUUCAACCUGAUAUCGUGAUGCUCGAUGGUGAGAGCAUCGAGGACACAAAUCCAGUGACUAGCAAAUCUUUGCCCGCCUCCGAAACUGAAGAGGAAGAGCCAGCUCCUGCUGUGCCAGCCAACCCCGAUCCGGCUCCACCCAUCUCCAUCCCCCCACCACUCGACUUGCAGCCUCAAAAGCCACAGCCACAACCACAACAGCAGCAGCAGCCGCCUCCCCCUCCCCCACCACCAUCGCAAGUCAAUGUGCCCCACCACCCUCAUGUGCCUAAUGGUCCAAGUCGGUUCAACAAUCAUCAUCAUCAUCUCUCACGCCAUCAAUCGCCUGCCACUCCUCACUCUGGCCGACUUCAUAUGCCUUCCCAUCGCAAUAUGCAAGUUAACCCAAUUGCAGACUCAAUCACAGACAUAGAUCAAGUGAUCAGAAGAGCAGAAGCAAGAGCAGCGCCUGAACUAGCUCGAUCACAUGCAUAGUCAACGGAUCAUCGAUCUCCAUCAAACAGGUGAAUUUAGACAAGGAUCACAUGUCGUACCAAAUCAUUCUAAUAAACAAGUAAAUGGACAUAGGCUUUCAGGUUCUGGAAUCGGUCAAGUUAAAAGAUUAGCUGAAGAUGAUGGAAUGAUCAAUGGAAUCAAGAAAUCAAAGACAUGAAGAGUAAUAUAUAGUUUUUUUUGUUUUUUGUUACUGUCAUAAGAUAGAAUUUGAAGGGUUUCUUUGGAAAUUGGAAAGAAGUUAUGUAGUGAACGAAGGAAUUUUAAAAGAUGAAAAAGAUUUUGACUUCAUGAUGUGAGAAAGAUUGAUUAAAUUGAAUUGAAACGAAAUUGAAUAUAUAUGUAAUGGUUUUAAGAAUCUAGGUUUUGAUGAUUGAAUGUUUUCCUUCAGUAUAUAUUGGAAGCCAAAGAUUAUGAUCUUCUUGAAAUUUUGAAAAAACUUUGAAGUG